AUGACCAAUCUCGCCCACGUCUCCGAGAAAGACGUCAGCCAUGGCAAAAUCUCGUCGCUAGACAAAGGCCUUACCGUUACAGGAACCACCAUCGCCAACGUUCUGGAGGAUGGCGUGACCGCUACUCUCCUGUUCGAAGAUGGCUCUGUCCUUGGCCCAACGGACAAAAACGAGAUCGUCAUCAAAGCCACUUCACGGCUGACAGGUGUCAUAAUCAAAGAUUCCGCCGCUUUCGACGGACAAUGGCAAGUUGCAUCUGCGUACGCAGCUGACGAAGGUUAUAAGGUCACAUUGAGGAGCAAAUCGGAUGAAAUCAUCAAUGAAAAUGGAUCAACCACAUGGACCUACAAUCUCAUUCUCGAACUCCAGCACCCGCUGACACGCACGCGUGAAUUGUAUCUACAUAGAGUCACCACGCCGGAACUGGUCGAGGAUACACCUCCAGCACCGGGGGCCCUAGAGGCCUUUCUCGCAUUGAUUUCUGACCGCAAUGAGAGUACAACUAUUACUCGGUCGAGAGAUUUCUUCGGUGCGAGCUUCGACUUUGGCCCGGUGGGAGUGGAUCUUGAGUGGGAUGUAGGCGAUCAGUCUUUGAAAGGGACACUCAAGCUGUUGGGGUAUGACACGAUAAGCGUGCACAUGAAAUUGGGCCAAGCUACCGACUUCAAUCUGCCUGAUGUAGGCCUUUACAGAAAGAUUCAUGUCUGGAUCUGGAUAUCAUCCGUGUCCGUGGACCUUGAGAUUCGGUAUGAAGAGUUCAAGUUUCCAAAGUAUGUGAAGAAGCAUCGUGAGAGGGAACCAUGUAUCAGAUUCUAG